AUGGUUCGUUUACCCCUCCGACAAAACUGGACAGGGCAGAUUCCUUUGGCGCUUACUCUCCUAGGUCUCCCGUAUACUGUCUUCACUUCUGGAGUACGGUCCACUGACUUCUGCUCAUCUUCUCAGCCUGCUAGAACAAAAGUAAACAUCAUACCAAAAAGCGCCAGUGGCUGUAACCUUUACAUGACCAGUGUCGGGACAAUGCCAUCCUCAGCAGCAGCACCUCAUGUAAAAGCCAGAUGCCCCCAGUAUCCAAACUCCACAGUCAAGCGCUGUCCUGUGCCUGAUGACAUGGUUGAUUGGAGUCAGAAGUGGCCGCAGUAUAAACCAGUCUGCUACACUGCCCCUCCAGUUUUAAAAAAGCCAGUAUGGGCAGAUCCUGAUAUUGGCUCUUUCUCUCCAAGGUUCAAUGCUGUGGAUGGUGCUGUGGACAGAACAAGCUUUGAAGGCAGCUACAGAGUGGAUAAUGGAAAACCUUUAAAUCCUCGUGGACGAACAGGGCUGACGGGUAGAGGCUUGCUAGGACGAUGGGGACCUAAUCAUGCAGCAGAUCCCAUAGUCACAAGAUGGAAACUAGAUCCCAGUGGAGCAAAGAUGAAUCACUCAGUCUCCAAGCAGCCUAUUCUGCAGUAUGUCUCCAUCAAAAGGAAAGACUGUGGGGAAUGGGCCAUUCCAGGGCGGGAGUUCUCAGAGGAAGCUUUGAACUCGCUUUCAGUUUCACCAUCAGAGAGAGCAAAAAUCCAUGAGCGCAUCAACCAACUCUUCAAAUCACAAGGGUUUCAGGUUUAUAAAGGCUACGUCGAUGAUCCCAGAAACACCGACAAUGCUUGGAUGGAGACAGUUGCUGUCAACUUUCAUGAUGAGACAGGUACCAGUGUGAGUGAGCUUCCUCUGCAAGCUGGUGAUGACGCAGGACAAGUCCAGUGGGUUGAUGUCGACUCGUCUUUGGCCCUUUAUGCAAAUCACUCCCAUUUCCUGGAGCUUGUUGCCAAAGAGAAGAAAGCCCAC